AUGGAGAAGCAGAAGACCAUGCGGGCCCAGAUGGAGGAGCAGAUCGUGGCGGCUCAGGCGGAGGAGGCCCGCAAGACCAUCUCCUACCUGGCGGAGCAGGAGAGACUUACGGCCCAGCACAAGGCGGAGGUGGAGAACAGCCUCCAAGGCCGCAAGCUGGAGCUGCAAAAGGCGCGGGGACGCGGCGAGUGCCCGGUGCUUGCAAACGCCGAGCGCCAGGAGGUGACGGAGUAUCAGCUGAGGCGGGAGCAGGAGCAGUUCAUGCAGCACGAGGCCGGGCUCGCCCUGCGCCCUGCGCCCCACGCCCGCGCCAUGCGCAUCCGCAACGAGAAGCAGCUGGAGGAGGAGGUGAGGGAGACGAUCCGGGCCCGUGGGGCCCAGGACAUCGAGACCGCCAAGGCCCGGGCCGUCCUUAUUUUUUAUUGGCCGAAGAAUUCCCGGCUCCAGCCUUCUUCUUGCUUUGGAAUGCUAAAAAUAAUAUAUCAUGUGUAA